GCGUGGGAUCAGCUGCAAAUCACGCGGGCUAACGUGCGCGCGGGCAGCGCAUGUUAAAUUGCGUUACCCUUCUCCUAUAGUGGGGGGUUCGCAGAGCGCACCAUAGCCAUUUCUCUCUCUUUCAGAUUUUCAGAUUUUUUAAUCGAUCGGCGCCUCAAUGGCCGCACCUCCGGCGAGAGCGAGAGCUGACUACGAUUAUCUCAUCAAGCUCCUCCUCAUCGGCGAUAGCGGUGUGGGCAAGAGUUGUCUACUCUUGCGUUUCUCAGAUGGUUCCUUCACUACAAGUUUUAUCACCACCAUAGGGAUUGACUUUAAGAUACGAACAAUUGAGCUGGAUGGAAAGCGUAUCAAACUUCAAAUUUGGGACACUGCUGGUCAAGAACGGUUCAGAACCAUCACUACUGCAUACUAUCGGGGUGCCAUGGGUAUUUUGCUGGUUUAUGAUGUAACAGAUGAAUCCUCUUUUAACAAUAUAAGGAACUGGAUCAGAAAUAUUGAGCAACAUGCCUCCGACAAUGUAAACAAAAUACUUGUGGGAAACAAAGCUGACAUGGAUGAAAGCAAAAGGGCUGUCCCUACCGCUAAAGGCCAAGCACUUGCUGAUGAGUAUGGGAUCAAGUUCUUUGAAACUAGUGCCAAAACAAAUCUUAAUGUGGAACAAGUUUUCUUUUCAAUAGCGAAGGAUAUAAAGCAAAGGCUUUCAGACACUGACUCAAAGGCAGAGCCCACACCAAUCAAGCUGGUUCAAGCUGACCAGGGGUCAUCGUCUGGUCAACCUGCCCAAAAAUCUGCUUGCUGUGGCUCAUAAGGUGGCCUAGUCGAAUGAGAAAAAGAGUAGUACUAUCGCCCAUUUUAACCAUGGUUAUAUAUACUCCUUGCCAUGGGAGCAAUGAAUGAAUCAAGGACUGGAAAUGGACUAACUUUGAUGACAAAAAACACAUUGGGAGCUUUGUAUUUUCUUUAUUUUAGUUUUUUACCGUUUUUUGAAGUCUUGUGUGUGGAAAGAUAGAUCCUUUUGUUUAUUUGAGACCCUCUUUUUUGGGCACUUCAUUUCCCUUCCCUCUCCACAUGGCUUUGGCUUACCCACAAUUAUUUUAAUUAGGGUACAAUUUAUAUUUUGAAACUUCUCAUAUUAUUAUAAGUACUUUUGUAUUACUACCAAAAAUCUAUGUCUUCCUUUCUAGUUGGAUUAUGAUUUGGUCUGCCCAUUUUCUCCCCCUCUUGUCAUCUAAACCAGUAAGUAUGAUGUGUUCUGGUUUUGGUAAUUUAAAUAAACCAAAUCAAGACUGGCGUUUUAG